AAAUAAGGAAAAAAGGCACACAAAACAAUAAACAUCUUGCGGUGGUUCUCUUCUUUCCUCUAUUCUACAUUACUACUCUACUACGUCUCUAUUAUACCACAAAACUUCCUCAUCCCACCACCCAAACAAACAAACACAAAACAUCAAAAAAUGGUAGCAACAACAGACAUUUGUGAUGCAAACUCAAGCUUCCUCACAACAGGAGAACUGAAGGUACUACUUCCACUCUUUAGAUGCUAUGGCCGCAGACAGGCCUUUAAUGGGCCAGUCGUAACGGUUAAGGUGUUCGAGGACAACGUUUUGGUCCGGGCCAUGCUGGAGUCCAAGGCCCACCAAGGAAAGGUCUUAGUGGUGGAUGGUGGUGGGAGCAUGAGAUGUGCUCUUCUUGGUGGAAACUUGGGCCAGAUAGCCCAAGAUAAUGGCUGGGCUGGAGUUGUUGUGUAUGGAUGUAUUAGAGAUGUGGAUGAGAUUAAUGCUUGUGAUAUUGGGGUUUGGGCUAUAGGGCCCAGCCCAGUUAAGUCUAACAAGAAGGGUUUAGGGGAGAAGCAUGUUUCUGUUCAUUUUGCUGGGGCUUUGAUUCAUGAUGGAGAUUGGUUGUGGGCUGAUAAUGAUGGUAUUUUGAUCUCCAAGCAUCAACUUUCUGCCCCAUCAUAAUGAUGGUUUUUCUAGAUAAUUAAUAUCUUUAGUGGGAUUUAUAUUAUAAAGUGCAAGUUAAUGGAAUGUGAAUCAGUGAAUCCUACUGUCUAAUAAUUUUCUGUUUAAAUUUGAGCUUUUCUAGUUUAGUUAUGUUAAAUGGUUAAUGAUGGGAUUAUG